CGCUGUCGACCUGCUCUGAAAAGUAAACGAUCGUCAUCUCAGACAUGUAAAAAAGACUUAACUUACACAUGUAGGAGCGCACGACAGUUGACACAUUUAUUGUAUCUUUGUUUGUAAUUGUAGAUAAAAACGCAGUUUUAUUGCAAUACUGCUUCGUUUUAUUUGCAUGUGAAAGUCUUAGAGUGAACUUCGGCAAUGAAAAUGUUUUAAAUUGUUCGUUAUCUAAAAGAGUGUAUUAGCAGCCAGUUUGUGUGUGACAAUUCAGUGAAGGUGACACUUUUUUUCGUAGUAGCUCUUGGACAAUUCAAAUUCAAUAUUGAACAUUAUGCGCCAGGUGUAUAUGGUUUUGGUUUUAUUGUUUAUUCACGGCACGUUUUCGAGUAGUAGUCAAAUCAGUGAAGGCGAAGCAGUUGAAAAUGAUCAAUUAUUGUUUGCACACGUUAUUUUUCGACAUGGUGAUAGAUCGCCUCUUAAACCAUACCCAAAUGACCCAUACAAAGGUGUUGAAUUUUUUCCCGGCGGAUUUGGUCAAGUUACUAAAGUGAGUUUUAUAUGCGAAGACACAAUAUCUACAUUUUCAAUUGCAUUACAAAAGAGAGGAUUGCAACGGCAUUUGGAAUUAGGCAAAUAUUUGCGAAAGAGAUACUAUGAGCUUCUGGGUGACGGCAAAUAUGCACCAGAUAAAGUGUACGUUCGAUCGUCGGAUUACGAUAGAACAAUUAUGAGCGCUGCAGCUAACUUACUGGGCUUCUUCCCGACUGAAAGUGAUCAAAUAUGGACGGAAGAGCUUCCGUCAAUUGGUCGCCCAAUACCCAUUCACACAGUUCCCAUAAAAUUCGAUCAUAUUGUGGCGUUGGAAAGACCGUGCGCACUAUACGACAAAGCAUUUGAAGAUAGACUCAAUUCAAAUGAAUUCAAAGAGGCUAAACGAAAGGUAGAUCGAUAUUUCAAAAUUAUGAUGGAACAUUCCGGGUAUAAAAAUGCUACGAUUGGUGACGCGUACUCGGUUUGGGAUACGCUCAAAGUGCAUCGGUCGGAAAAUUUAAGACUACCAUCAUGGGUGGGCGAUAUGUUGGAGCCUGGGAGUGACAUGGAUAAUUUCUUUGUGGAUGGUUUUAAGAUGCUUUCAAAUACAACUGAAAUGAAGAAAUUGAAAAGUGGGUUUUUGAUCAAGGAAAUGUUGGAGCGUUUCAUACAGAAAACUCAGUCAAAACUAAAGCCAGACCGCUUUACCAUUCAAAUUUACUCAGCUCACGAUAUUACCAUAUCGAAUUUUCUAAACAGCCUUGGUCUUUUUGAUUCUCAUGUUCCACCGUACGCUUCGUGUUUGCUGUUCGAACUGUAUAAAUCCAGAGAUAACUUUUACGUAAAACUCUUCUACAAAAACACAACAGCAGAUAACCUACCUCCGUUAAACAUACCUGGAUGCGGCACAAAAUGUCCAAUCAAUAUGUUUUAUCAGCUGUUUGACCAUAUCAUACCUAAACAAGAUUUUGAAAGCGAAUGCAAUUUAUCGCUACCAUCAAUGCCUGUCAAAGAAUCCGACGUCAUGACAUGGAAAGAACUAAUUGGGCCGAUCAUUUGUACAUUUGUCGUAUUUUUUUCGACGAUAUACGGUUGGCAAUCAGAUAGAUUUUACGAAACCACAUAAAACGUGUCAGAAAAUCAUUACAUAAGGCUGAAACUAGAAUGGAGUCAUCCCGAAUUUCUACAUUGUAAAAAAAAAAUAUUUUCCCUUGAAACACUUUUUUUUUCAUGAUAAUGUGCAUUUGAAGCUCGAAUAAAGCUAGCUAAAAAUUAUAGGGAAAAUAACUUUAAAAUCUGUUGAUAAAUAAAUUUAUAUUUAUGUGAUUGGAAUAAAAAUGUC